AUGUCUGUUGCAGAGUCUAGUAAAAAGCAAAAGGAAAGAUUUGUUAUUACUUUAGAGAAAAAAGUUGAGAUUAUUAAAAGGAAAGAAGAAAAUAAGAACUUAACUCAUAUGAAUUUGGCCAAAGAAUAUGAUAUUGAUAGAUCUACAAUAAGCAAUAUUUUGCAAAAUAAAAAUAAUCUUCUUCAGUUAUAUAAUACUAUAUCUGCUCAUAUACAACAAUGUGUUCAUUUACAAAAUAGACAGUUUCAUAUUAUUGAUGACGCUGUUUAUAAGUUAUUUUUAGAACUACAUUCUCAUAAUGUUCCUGUUUCACAGGAUAUGCUUAAAACAAAAGCACUUUCAAUAUAUGAACAAUUAAAAAAUAGUGGUAUGAAAUUUCCAACUACAUUUGAGGCAUCUAAUGAAUUACUUAAUAAUUAUCAUUCUAAUAAUAUUCUUAAUGCUGAUGAGACAGGCCUUUAUUUUUAUCUUGGACCAAAUAAAACACUUGUAUCUAAAAGUGAUACUGCUAAAGGAUAUAAAAAAGACAAGUCAUGUCUUACUAUACUUCUUUGCUGUAAUGCAUCAGGAACUCAAAAAUUUAAACCAUUUGUAAUUGGCAAAAGUGCACAUUCAAAGUAUAGUCAAGUUAAUCAGCCUACAAUUCUUUUAGCUGAUAAUUGUAGUGCACAUUCAAGCCCUAAAUUGCAAAAUAUUAAAUUAGAAUUUUUAUCACCUAAUACUAUAUCAGUUAUUCAACCAUGCGAUGCUGGCAUUAUUAAAAAUUUCAAAGUUAAUUAUCAUAAAUUACUAGUAACAAAAUGGAUAGAUGAAGUAGAAAGUGGAAAAUCAAUUAAACCAAUCAAUAUAAAAAAAGCUAUUUAUAUGAUUUAUGAUGCUUGGAAACAAGUAUUGCUAUCAACAAUUGUUCACUGUUGGAAGAAAACAAAAAUACAUCUGUUAGAGAUAAAUUUAAUUACUGAUACAAGUAAUAAUAAUGAUAUCGAUGAACUUGAGCAGUUAUUAGAAGAAUUAGAAAUGUCAUAUGAUUAUAUUAAAUUAUCAGCUGAAGAAUAUGUAGAAGUAAAUAAGCAUUUGCAAAUAAUAGAUAUACCAACUGAAGAGUCUGUUGUUCAAGAUAUUCUUAAAGAGCAAAGUUUGAUUAAUGAUGAAGAUUUAAAUAAUAAAGCUGAUGAUAAAUAG